GGCGGAGGAGGCGGAGUUGCAGCAGCCCAUGGCGGGGCCGGGGGAGCCCGGAGGCGGCGCCGGGCGCGCAGCUACGCCCCGGAGCCCCUCGGCAUGCGAGCCGGCGGGCGCCCGGGGAGGGCGCGGCCUGGCCCCGCACGGCUCGGCGGCGGCGGCGGCUCGGACGGCGGCGGGGACUCAGGAGGCAGCGGGGCUGGGCGCGGGCGCCGGCCACAUCCCACGGCGGCGGCGGCUGCGCGGCUCCUGCUCCGCUCCUGCUGCGGCAGCUGCUCCCCAGCGGAAAGGGGCGGGCGGCGGCGGCGGCGGCGCCUCCCCCUGUCCCCCGCCUCCCGCCUCCCGCGCCCAGUCCCUCUCCCGCUCCCUCUCCCGGGCCGCUGCCUCCUCAGCGCCGCGCGCGUCUCCCAUCAGACUCCCCGCCCCCAGUGCAGCGCCGCGCGGGCGGCCGAGCGGCGGCGGCCAAAACAAGGCCGGGCCCUUUGGCGCUCGUCGGAGCCUGCGCGGUGUCGAGCCCAUUUAGCGGUGGCACCGAGGCAGAGCGUCGGCUCCGGGCGAGAGGGCGCCCGAGGGCUGGACAGGCUCGCGGCAGAAAUGGGGCCGGGUUGCUUCCGGGCCUCGGAGACGCGGGCCAGGCACGCGGAGUUGCUCGCUGUCUCCGCUGGGAGCGCAACUCGAAGUCCUCGACGGCCGCUUGUUAUCCAGAGGAAAGCGAACACAAUAAACCUUCCCUGCAGAAGGGAGAGGCAGGAGCAGGUCUCUGUUCCAGAGGAUGAAAAUAUAUCUCAGCCUCCCAGUUAAGCCCUGAAGUUAGAAACCCCUGAAAAGAGCUUCCCUGAACUCGGGCAUAUACUCAGAGCAGAACAAGACAACAUUGUUCCCAGCAAGACUCAGAUUCAUUGCCACUCUUUGCCACACUGCUACCUGCCCUGAGGUGGGCUUGUUUGGACCCCAUCAGAGGGCUCUUUCUGGCUUCCAGCUGGGUCCAGCAGGUGAGAUGCCUGGGCAGGAGGCCUGGGGAGGUCAGGACAUUUAUCCCCAAUGUGCCCUCCCUGUGGAUCUCCUCGGGUUCUCUGGUGGCAGGUCAGAGCUCCUCUCAUGGAGCCCCUUUUCUCAGGCUUUGUUCUCAGUCCUCAGCUCUCCCUCCCUUGACCCUUGCAAUUGAUUGGAUUAUUGGCCUCCAUUCUUUGCCCCUCUGGGUGCUCUUUGCCAGGAUAUGACUUUGUAAGUUGCUCCCAUAAAAGGAGGAGUGUAUUUCCCCCCGCCCUUGGGCUUGGCUUUAUGACUUGCUUUGGUCCACGGAAUGUGGGUGAAACCAAUUGUUUACUCCAGUUUCAAGCCCAGGUCUUUGGACCCGUUGUGUGUUUCUGUGUGCCUUUUUGUGCAUCUGCCAUCUCCAUGAGGAGAGCUUUCCUUGGGCACUGCUGCCUCUCCAGCCCGGGCCCCAGGAUGAACCCAUCUGGAAGAGACCAGAGCUCCAUCUGCAGUGAGGAACCAAGCCCAGCUGGACACCAGCUUGAAGCAGAGCCCACGCUGAGCCAGAUGAGCUCUAGUCAACCCACAUGCCUGUGAGAAAUCCAUGCUCACUGCUGCAUUCCACCAAGACUGUGUGAUAAAGGGUGGGGCACCGGAGUCACUGCAGUAUUUCUGUGCUCUCCUUACUCCCAGCUCUUACACAUAGGUAUUCCCUCCAUUAAACU